AUGUCGGUCCAGGCGCACAGCAGCAGCAGCAGCCCACCCACUGAGGCAGGACAGGCAGCAAGGGAGGCGAACGGAGAGCGGACGUCAGAUGUUGGUUCAAGUUCGCAAGACAAUGCUCCUUCCCCUCCUGUGAACCACUUCUCCUCGAACGCUGGUAACUCAUCGCACUCGCACAACUUUGGGUCGCAGUCGAAGCGACCGAGAGCCAACGCGCAUGAGGCCGACAAUGAAAGAAGCGAAAGAAACGGCAGCAAGCAUCUGCAGAAGCGGUCCCUCAGUGAAGCAAUUGCUAUAUGGAAUCGUGGCCAGAGGUCUAGCCGUCCAGCCCAGAGCAACGGGAACAUCGAAAGUUGGCUGCUGUACCUGCCUGACGUUCUGCUCCAUCGCAUCUACCUCUCGGCGCCUGAGAUGGUCUCGACGCACACCGCUGUCUGCAAGCGUUUCCGCGAAGACUUGUGCAAGGCGCAUUUGGUGCACUUGAAGCUGCGGUCUUUCUCGAGCGAGAAGGGGCAGGCAGACAGUCUGAAGCGAUUCGACGGAGAAGUGUCGGUGUACGUCAAGGACUCUCUGGGACGGUUUCAAGUGUGUCGGGGCUUGUUGGAGCUGCUCAAGGGCGGUUGGCCGAACCUGACGGGCCUGAACCUCGAGAGCAACAGGAUCCAGCUGGACAACUUGACGCAGCUCACUGACCUCCUACACGGAUGUCCCAACCUCAAGUCCCUCGAGAUCGGCGACAACAAGCUCGGGGUCGACGGGAUCAGAUCGCUUGUUUCACCGCAGGACCUCUACACCAACUUGACAACCCUCGAUGUCAAGGAGAACGAGCUGCGAGUUCAAGGAUCCCUGCUGCUGUCCGCGAGACUCCAGACCUGCACAAGGCUGACGCACCUCGACGUCUCCGACAACCAGCUGGGGCUACAGGGCAUCCGACAUCUGACGCGCGCGUUGGAGCCUGGACAUCUCUCACGCCUCGCGACCCUCAACCUCUCCCGCAAUCAGCUCGACUUCGAGAGCAUCGAGGUCCUCGCCCGCGGCCUUCAGCACAAUUCUUCGCUCACCUCCCUGUCGCUCGGAAACAACAAGGAGUUCGGGCCGGUCGGAGCAAGGAUGCUGGGGCCUGUGCUGAAGGCGAAUACUCUCCUGACGCAUCUUGACCUUCAAGUAUCUCAAUACUCUUGGCGAGAAAGGCGCCGUGAUGGUUGGGAUCGCUCUUGCAAGAUGCACAGACCUGAGGCGACUCGAUUUAGGUCUCAACAACUUGGCGGCAACAGGAGGGAUGGCAGUCAUGCAGUGGCUCCCCAACUUCACCAGCCUGCGGCAUCUCAACCUCGCGUUCAACGACAUUCCUGGCGCAGUGACCAAGAAGAUCCGCUCGAUCGCUCAUUCACGUUGCGAGUGCGUCUUCUACAAGAUCUGAGGAAAUGUUGCUCCGGUUGAGGAGGAGGAGGAGGAGGAGGAGGGGGAAGAGGAGGCGAGAGGCAGGGUUGGUUCAUUACAGCAGUUGCUCAGCUU